GAGAGAGAGCGACAGAAGAUGGACGGAGUGGGAUCGUUCGGAGCGGGCCGGGCCGGGACCACUGUCGACCCGUUAGCCUUCGCCAAACAGCCGCAGACCAUCCUCAGAGUGCUGUGCUGGAUAUUUUCCCUGGUGGUUUUUGCCUCCAUAGUGAACGAGGGUUAUGUCAACAUGGGCAGUGAGCGUCUCCACUGCGUCUUCAAUAAGAACGCAGACGCGUGCAACUACGGCGUGUUCGUGGGCCUGGUGGGCCUGCUGGCGUGCUCCUUCUUCUUCCUGCUCGACUUCAAGUUCUCCUCCAUCAGCUCGGUCAAAGACAGGAAGAAGGCUAUAAUGCUUGAGAUCGGCUUCUCAGGUUUCUGGACCUUCCUGUACUUUGUAAGUUUCUGCUUCCUGGCCAAUCAGUGGUCUCGGACCACGCCUGAUGAGCUGCCACUCAACCAGGGGGCGGACGCAGCCCGCGCUGCUAUCGCCUUCUCUUUCUUCUCCAUAAUCACCUGGGCUGGUCUAACAGUGCGUGCGGUCCAGAAGUAUCUGCUGGGCACAGACAUGACUCUGUUCACCACGGAGCACAUGGACGGCGGCGCGCCCACCCAGCCCUACCCCUCCAACUCACCAGGAGGCGGCACCACCGAGACCACAGAGACCUACCAGAGCCCACCGUUCACCGAGAACAACGCAGCACCCACAUACCAGGUUCCCAUUUACUAGAUAAGACGGACCUGAUGGUGGAAGAGGGAAGGUCAGGAGAGGGAUGAGAGGAAAGUGAUAGAAAAUUGCUUUCUGUGAUGUUACACCUGCAGUUGUUUAUGUGUUGAUCUGGGCUGAGUUUUCAGUAAUUGUUUUAAAAAAAAAAAAGGAAAAAAAGCGGCCUCUCUCUCUUUCUUUCUUUCCUCCUCUCGUUCCCUUUCCUUCCUUAACAUUCCGGCUUUAUCUGCACUUUUCUUGACUUGUGUGUUAAACUAAAUUUCCUACUUUUCGCAAAUCAGGCGUCCUCGGAUCAGAGCAGAUGAGAGAAAAAGAAAACAAGAGGAGGAAAUGUAGAAGAGGAGGCCCCACUUUGCAGUAUUCAAACACCAUUUUGACAAGAAAAGAGAUGAAGGGAUCAACAAGUGGGUGACUCCACCACAAAGCAGUAUCAGAUAAAAAUAAUGCAGAAGGCACUCACAUACUGCACCUUCAUCUUAUUCUCUCCAUUCAUUGAAGUGUCAAAAUCCCCUUUCAUGCCAAACAGUACGGGGAAUGUUUUUUUUUUAGUUACAGUACGUUCUGGUCGUUCCUCCCCCUUUCCCUGCUGCAGUUAAAAGUGAUCAUGUGUGUUAAAUCUGCAUGUUUCCAAACUUAGAGAUCAACUAAGUGCCAUACUGUACUGUGUGUCUCAGACAGUGACUUAAUUUAGUAGAUUUCCACAUGCUGUAAAAAAAAAAUAAAAAAACGACAAUGUUUUGUGACUAAGUGCAAUAUCUCACAUUCUUCUGUAGGUCUGUAGGUAUAUACUGUACUGUAGGUAGGCUAGUUAACGUCAGAUUACACCGAUUUUAGGCACUGUCUCAAAUUACUUACUAGUCUUUGAAUUGUACUUACAAAUCUCAGGCAAAUUUACAAAUUAAAGUUGUUGAUCGGACUUUGAUGGAGCUUCCCUGGUGAAGUUUGUGAGAUAUGGAAGUUGAACUUUUCAUCCACAAGAGCUUGUUGCCAUUUUAAAUAAAAUUAUUAUUGGUCAACAAGCUUUUAUAUCAUCCUUUCAAGUAGUUAUGGUCUUCCUCUGUAUAGUGGAAUCAUUAUUUCAACACAUUUUAAAGAAAAACAGUUAACAAUGCAAACUAUUCCUCAAGUAUACUGUCACCAUAACUGUGUGAUUCUGGUUAAUCUGUGUACAGGGGUCAGUUCAUCCAGGUUUAUCACUCUUAAGAUGUUUAUUUUUAUUUUCUGUGCUCAGCAUGGAUGGAUUAUUGAAUGGGCCUAUGUGGCACAGGCCCACAGGCAAAAGGGGUCAGGGGGACCCUGGAACAGAGCCUGUGUUUUAAGUGAUUUUUAACAUUUCUUGUUGCAAGGUUAAACAAACCACAACAAGGACACAAGGAACGCAAAAGAGUUGCAAAGAGACUCAAAUAGCUACAAAGAGACGCACAAUGGCCACAAAGAGAUGCAAACAUCUAUGAAGUGAUGUAAAAUGACUGAAAACAAAACUAUCAUAACGGGACUUAAAAUAUUACAUAGAGACAAAAAUAAUUAAAACAAAUACAAAGACACACCAAACAACCAAAAAGAGACCUAAAAACAUAAAAUAGAUAAAAGACUUAAAACACUGACAAAGAUAUACAAGGCGACCACAAAGAUUUUAAGAAGACAACAAAAAGACACAAAACGAUCAUUAAAAGACUCAAAACGACAACAAAGAGAUGCAAAAAAGAUAUUCAAAGACUACAAAGAGAAAGACUACAAAUAAAAAACAAAAUUAUCAUUAAAAGCCUCAUAACAACAACAAAAACUACAAAGACUACAAAGAGACACAUGAUGACCAUAAAAAGACGACUCAAAACGACAACAAAAACAUGCGAAACAACUACAAAGACACACCAAAUGACCACAAAGAGACGCAAAACAACUCCACGGAAACAAAGCAACCAUAAAAGACUUAAAACAUCGACAAAGACAUACAAGGCAACCACAAAGAUAUUCAAACAGACUACAAAGAGAGAGAAAACAACCACAAAAGACAUAAAACAGCUACAAACCAACACAAGAUGACCAUAAAAAGACUGUAAACGACAAAAAAAAGAUGCAAAACAACUACAAAUCAACACAAGAUGACCACAAAGAGAUUCAACAUGACCAGCACCAACAGGGGUGGGGUCACAUGUCUGUGCCCAGGGGCCCAUUGUCCCAUAAUCCGUCCAUGGUACCAGGGAAUGUAUAUAGUGUGUGAUUUGAGACAGUGUCCUAUGUUGGGUGUUGUGUGUAUAAAACUGGGCGAGUGGGGAGAUUCUGGGUAUGUCAGGUCUGUUUAUGUUUACGUUUUAGAAGCUGCCAAACUGCCCUGUGUUCUUAUUGCUGUCUUCUGAUUACCACGUUACUACUCUGUUGUUAAUGUCUAUAGGAUUUUGUGUAAUCACAAAGCAGGGGGGCAACAGACGAGCUUUUAUUCUGUGAGGGAGGUCGGGUUGCUGGAAGAUUCAGUGCAGUCUCAGGCAAAAGAGAAAUCUGUUUGUGGGAUGAUGAGGAUCACUAGCUGGCUAAUUCAUUGAUCCUGCAAUCCUGCCAUUGAGGGAGGGAGGGGUAGUCAGAAUUUGUUGCCAUGGUGACAGGGACAGGGUUGGGUGGAUGUUGGUCACUAAGGGCCCUGAUGUAGAUAGUAACCAUGCCAACCAUGUCAGUGUGUUACAGUGUCUGUGUUGUGGUUCACGUACACUCGCCAUCAGCGAAUCUGUAGUUUCUGCUGUGUGUGAUGGUGAGAGGAGAGCGUGCACGUGCAACAAUGUGCACGUGUAUUAGCAUGCAUGAGAGACGUGUGGGUCUGUGUGUGUGGAAAUGUGUGAAUGUGUGGAGUUAAUUACAUUUUGUGAUGCAGAAAAGUUAUUUUCUUGGACGGUGUGUUUGUCAAGUUUUAGUGCAGAGGAGGGAAUCAUAAGUGUGUUACACCAUUUAAUCAUUUCCCCAAAAGAAAAAUAGUCUUUCUGCUAAAUAUAUUAUCAGUGUCACUGUCAAGAUAUAUGAACUACAAAGUAUGAAACCAAGAUUUUUUUUUGAUGAACAGAGCCAAAUAUAAAACAUAAUGUUAGAGUGAUAUAAUUGACCUGUAGAACGCCUUGCCUGCUAUUCUAACUGAUCCUGUGUAAACAGCCCCCUCUGCUGACCAGAGACGGUACUGCAGGCUCUCAGAGUUUUAAAAGUAAUCAUGAUAAUAAUGCAUGAAAUUGUUGUAUAGAUCUCAUUAUAUAUUGAAUACUAUGUAAUUCUUAAAUUGACAGGUUGUUUUGCAAAGUGAGAUUUUCCAGCCAUCAGUGCAGCUGACAGGAUUUCUUCUUGUGUUAUAUUAAAUACACUUUAAUGCCGACCAUACUCCCAAAAAACUCUUUGUUUAUUCUAGUGACGUUAUCUCAACCUCAUGAUGUUGUUAGUCACACGUACACAUGCACUGGUGUGUCUCAAAGCUCCAGGGUGAAACUGUCCAAGAAUUCUGACAAUAACUCAGAUUUACUGCUCCCAGGAGCUAAACUUUAAACUGGAGUAACAUAGUAAAGCCUCAACCAACACUGACAGAAAAUGUCAGCUAACAAUAUUCCAGUAUGCCAAUUACACUUCCCCAAAGAAGAAGAAGAAUAAGGAGUUAUCUAUACUCCUAACAGUCAUUAUUAAUGAGGUUAAAGUAACAGUGCAGAAUCUUAAGGCAAGUGGAAAUGAAGCCACUCUCUAUUUGUUCCAGCACUAAAAGGUAAUUUAGUAAAAGGUAAAAGGUAGUUUAAAAGUUACAUAUGAGCAUGAGUUUUUAAAAUUUAACAUUUUAGGUUGUAAAUUAAGGGAUAACACCAUAGCAGUUCCUUUUAGGAUUUUGGUGCAACUGCACCAAACUGCAACACGGAUGGGUUGAUUUUCCAAAUGCUUUUAAAGUGCUUGGGGUGUGGUUUAGUACCAUUGGGUGCAAGUAAAAGGAUUAUACUCUGUCGUUAUUUCAAGUUGUAGCCCAUCAAAACAUUAAUAUAGCAGCUACUUGCAAGGUAAAGAUUCACUGGAGCUACCGGUCUGGGCCCGUGUGAGUCCCUCCCUUUAAAACUGACCCCUGACCCCUGGCUACUUCUGGUUUAGCGCUCUAAUAGACGUUACAAAAUAUGUAUCCGCCCAUUUACAGCUGUCUCUUUCCCAAUGUUAGUCUAUGGGAAAAGGCCUUCCUGGGCCCAAUGGUAUCACAUGAUGGACCUGGAAAUUGUAAUUCUACUGUUUGGCUACUACUACUAUGUCAAAUUGGCUUCAAAGCCAGGCACUGUUAGCACCCCUAGCACUGUUAGCAUUGUUAGCAGUUGCCAUUUCAGCUCUUUAUGUGCAGAAGGUGAAUAAACCACCUUUUAAAUUAUAACCCUACAAGCAUAAAAAAUAAGCUAAAAUGAAAACCACCAUUCUUUAACUCUUGGAUAUUACUGGGCUGUUGGUAACCUAGCAACUGUUGUUAGGUGAGACUGGGCUAUCCUAGGUACUAUGAGGUACCAUUAGGUAGUUUUGGGUACAGUCAGGUCAGGUUGUAUUAUUGUUCUCAGUGCUUCAGUCUCUUCUUCAGUCAGUGUGGUAGAUAAAAAUAAUAACAGGCAUUCUCUAUGUUUUGUGCUCUGGCCCAUGUACACUGCCGUGGUAUUGGUUGAUUGUAAAAUUCAGUACGUUAUUGAACUAAAUGGAACCUGUGUGUGAUGCUGUCUAGGAUAUGGUUUGUCCUGUACUACUGAAAAUAUAAAAAUAUAAGAAUUAUUUAUUAACUAGAAUGCACUCUUUGUUGGAAAUACUUUGUUUGACCACUCUUAAAGGGGCCGUCGGCACCAAAAUCAAAGUUUUAUGUGAUCAUGCUGUCGUUUUGUUAGACCAAGGUUAUAAAAGGUGAUGAUAUGUAGUAAUGCGGGUGCCAUCAGUUGUGUGGUUUCCAGUAUAAUACAUUGCAUGGAUGUUACAAUAUCUCCCCCCAUAAUAUUGAUAAUAAAAAUGUAACCCCCAUCGACCAACAAACAAGUAAACAUUGAUUUUGUAGCGUGCUACCCCUUUAACAUGUUUCUUCUGAGUUGUUUCUCCUGUUCUGAAGGUGUGCGACCUCUUCAGUGUAAAAACGCUGUGUACAGAGAUGUGUGUCACUGUCUAUUACCUGAAUGUCUCUGGACUGCAGUCUGACCGUCACUCGAAUAAAAAAGAAAACAUG